CUUAUUUCUCUUGUGAAGUAGAUUAACCAUCCCUGAAAAAUGGUGCACUCUCUAAGCCCGUGCACUGACGGUGGUGCCUCCCCGUGCGGGGUGGCUGUGCCACAGCCCAUUGCUGACAGUUGCAACGAGCCCUGUGUUCGGCAGUGUCCCGACUCCAGGGUGGUGAUCUACCCUCCGCCGGUGGUUGUGACCUUCCCUGGGCCGAUCCUCAGCACCUUCCCGCAGCAGAGCGUCGUGGGAUCUGCAGGAGCCCCUGAAGUUGGAACUGGCUUUAGUGCUGCCCGUGCUCCUGGGGGCUCCCAUGUUUAUGGUGGUGCCAGAUGGGCAUGGGGAUACCCAGUUGGAAGCUGUAGACCGUGCUAAACCUAGUGAGGGUUGCUACUGAAAGAAGAAUGUCCAGGAGAUGACAAGCGGGGAGUGAACAUGUGGCCAAGCUCCAGGACACAGAAUUUAGAAAGGGUUGACCAUGUGAGGCUGCCACUAAAUGCAUCUGUAGAUGCUCAGAUCUUCUGAAAAAUCCAUUUACAAUCUUCUCAGAUGACCCUUCCUGAUUUUCUUUUUCUAAUGCUAUAUUGUCUUUUGAAGUCCUCUGUUCUCAAUGCUAUGGACUAUAUUGAUAAUUCCUUUGGGCUUGUAGGUAUCAUUGUGGCAAUGUAAAAGGAUCUGGCAUGACAUCCAUUUUAGAUCCCUUUGUAGGCUCUUUCUGUGGCUACUGAUGGAUAAAAAAGGGUUGUGGAGUCAAAGUCAACUAGCCUAUGCUCUGUUUCUGUACUGUAUGUGUCUUGCUAUGAUCAGGGCUGAGUAUCAACAGAGCUGCAAUAGGGAAGCAACAUCAGUUAUUACAUGAAUCAUGCAUCAAACCACAGGUUGCGGGCAAUUUGUAAUCUGUACUACAUAAUCCUGUCUCUGUAUGAUCUGCUUCUUUCUCAUUAAACAUGACGUUGCAACA